AUACGCAUCAGUCUCUUUCGAAUCUUCAACACUGCUGGUGGAUCGAUUCUGCUUCGAAAAUGUUUUCCCAGCUCUUAUCUUUGAGUUUGGCCCUGUCAUUGAUCUUUAUUGUCAGUGGACAAUGGAAUGAAUUCCAGAAUCCUUACUAUGUGGAAAACGGCGGACUAGGCAACCCGCACCAUCAUCGCCAUCAUGGUCAUGGUCACCACGGACAUGGUCCAGGAUAUUCAGGUCCACCCCCCUUCGCCUACGGUCGCUUCCCACCGCCUCCUUCGUACUAUCCAGAUAAUCAGCCGUCUGGUGGUGUUCCACCUUAUUACCCAUCUGGUGGUCCAGUUCGAGGAUACCAGCCUGGCGGUCAAUUCGGAGGUCAACCUGGAAGAGAUUUUAACAGGGGUCAACCGGGCUUCCAGCAACCCGGUGGAGAUUAUCCCAGGGGUCAGGGUCAACCAGGCUUCCAGCAGCCAGGAGAGGAACCUGCCAGAUGGCAGCCCGCGGGAAAGCCGCCAGGCUUUCAACAACGAGGCAGCGAAGAGGAGAGGCCAACCUAUCCUGGUGGAUUCCAACAACCAGGCGGAGGAAACACUCUACAGCCUAGACCAGGACAGAACACUGGAGGAUUCCAACAACCAAGUGUCGGAGGCAACACCUUACAGCCCAGACCUGAGCCAAGUACAGGAGGAUUCCAACAACCAGGACAAAACGCUGGAGGUUUCCAACAGCCAGGACAAAGCAGUGGUGGAUUCCAACAACCAGGACAAAGCACUGGAGGAUUCCAACAGCCAAGUGGCAGGGGAAAUACUCUACAGCCCAGACCUGGGCAAAACGACGGUGGAUUCCAACAGCCAAGCGUUAAUAAUCCCAUCCAACCGCGACCUGGUAGCCAAGAGGAGGACUACUCUGGGUUCAAUUUUCAGUCACCCAAAACAUUGCAGCCACGACCUAAUCAGGGUCAAGAGAUCGGAAGCCCUGGCGUCGGAAAGACCAUCCAACCGAUUCCUGGGCAGCAGCAGCACUCAGUGAUUCAACCCAUUCCUGGCCAAGAUUCAUCUCCUGACACUGUGGGCAACAACAUCAAGGACCUCUUCAGCACCCAAGACUUCCUGUCCCCCGAAUUGAGCCAAGCUCCGGGAGCCAACAGAGAUCCGAAGUCGGAGGCUGAGGAAGUGAGUCCUGAGGCGGUGAAUCAGCGAAGUCUAUUCGACCUGGAUCCUAAGUGCUCGGGGGGAACCAAACUCAUGGCAGGACGUUGCCGAAAGGAAGCCUAGUGUAUCUCCGGAAAAUGCAUACCUUCAAAUACUGAUGUUGCCCUGUAUGUUGCCAACAUGUAGAU